UGUGUAGUGUACUAAGCCAGAUUCAAAUGUCAUUAAUAGCGCAACACGUAUCUAUUUAGGGUUCAGGUUUGUCCGUCCUGGGCACAACUUGACAUAUAUAUGUGGGGAAGAUUUUGCCCAGGACUGAGGUCAGUAAUCCCAGUUAUGUUUUGUUUCAUAUUUACAGACGUAUAUCGCAGGAAUGGCGUUCAUGUGUACAGUUCUUUAGAAGUGAACAAGAUUAACACGGGUCAUCUGUGUGGUGCGGCCACGAUAAAUAGCCCGGAUGUAACACGUAUUACCUGUGACAUCACGGCUCAGUACAUCACACUGUACCAGAGGACUAACAACGACGACUUAGAUACAAAAUAUGACGUUGGCACGGGAAUGGAUUUUUGUGAAGUGGAAGUAUUCAUUUGUGACGCUGGUACGUUUGGAGAUAACUGCACCGAAUUUUGUCACUGCCAAGGUCAACCGUGUGACUAUGUAACUGGAGAGUGCGUGGGUGUAUGCAAACAAAACUGGACUGGGAAGCAGUGUAACGUGUGUGAUGCUGACCACUAUGGUUUACUGUGCAAUGCUAGCUGCUUCAAUAGACACUGUAAUCCAUCUAACGGAACAUCUAAGUGUGACAAUAUCACUGGACAGUGUGAUAAUGGAUGUGGACCAGGCUGGAUUGGACUAGAUUGUACACAGAAGUGUCCAAAUGGUAGAUAUGGUAAAGAUUGUAAAGAAUCCUGCAGAAACAGACAUUGUCUUGGAAACUCGCCAUGUGAUCACGUGAAAGGGAAGUGUGCCAGUGGCUGUGAUCGGGGAUAUGAACUACCUGACUGCACUACAAACUGCAUUGGCACCUAUGGCUUCAACUGUAAUAUGGCUUGUCACUCACGGAGCUGUUUCAACGCGUCCUCGGGAUGUGGCCAAUUUUAUGGAAACUGCACAGGAAAAUGCUUGGAUGGUUUUGAGUUACCCGACUGUGCAACUGCAUUUGUUGAUGAGCCAUCCGUGUAUGCAUGGAUUCAGGAUUCUUCUGGGUACUGCACAGUGAUAAUGGCCAGUGAAAUAGUGUUUGAGCAUGUCACCUUGGGAGUCUCCUGA